AGUACUCAUUCGCUCUACCCCCUGUCCUUCUCGCGCUGCGGUCUCUUUCUCGUCGCCGCCCCGGCCUUCUCGGGGCGACGGUCUUGGCGCGCCGCUCCGCCUCCACCCCGGGCCCCGGGGCGCCGCCCGGUUCCCUCCCUUCCCCCCGGCCUGGGGCGCGGGUGCGGCCCUGGAGGGGGCCGCUGGGGGCGCGAGGCGGCGGGGGUCUGGGGGAGGGGGCGGCCGGGCCGAGCCCUGCCCGUUUCCGGUGCCCACGAGGCCUGUCCCGUGCGCACGCGGCGGCCGCGCGGCCCUUCUCGCUUCCCGUCCGGGUUUUGCGCGCACGCGCCGCCCUUGGAGAGUCUUCUGGCCCUUCCGGCGCCCCGUAUGGUCUCCGCGCGCCGUGUAUGGUCUCCGCGCGCGUGCGCGGCCUCGCGCGCUCCCGGCGGCUCUGGCGCGCGUGCGCGGGCUUUCCCGCCGCGCGGACUGCCCCGGCCUGCCCCGCCCGCCGCGGGCCCGGGCGCGGCCGGAGACGCCGCCCUCCCGCCCGGAAGGGCGCGGGCCCUCCGCCGCCCCCUUUGUUCCAGCCCGGCGUCCCGGGGUGGCGCCCCUGGCGCGGUGGGGGCGGGGCGGCUCGGGACCCGAGCCCGCUCCCAGCGUGCCGAGCAUCGUCCCAGACAUAGCAGUUGGUACAAAGCGGGGAUCUGACGAGCUCUUCUCUGCCUGUGUCACUAACGGACCCUUUAUCAUGAGCAGCAACUCUGCCUCCACAGCAAAUGGAAACGACAGCAAGAAAUUCAAGGGGGACAACAGGAGCACAGGCGUGCCCUCCAGGGUGAUCCACAUCCGAAAGCUGCCCAGUGACGUCACUGAGGGGGAGGUCAUCUCCUUGGGGCUGCCCUUCGGGAAGGUCACCAAUCUCCUGAUGCUGAAAGGGAAGAACCAGGCCUUCAUCGAGAUGAACACAGAGGAGGCUGCCAACACCAUGGUGAACUACUAUACGUCGGUGACGCCCGUACUGCGUGGCCAGCCCAUCUACAUCCAGUUCUCCAACCACAAGGAGCUCAAGACGGACAGCUCGCCCAACCAGGCGCGGGCCCAGGCAGCCCUGCAGGCGGUGAACUCAGUCCAGUCGGGAAACCUGGCCCUGGCCGCCUCAGCCGCGGCGGUGGACGCGGGGAUGGCGAUGGCCGGCCAGAGCCCGGUGCUCAGGAUCAUCGUGGAGAACCUCUUCUACCCGGUGACCCUGGACGUGCUUCACCAGAUCUUUUCCAAGUUCGGCACCGUCCUGAAGAUCAUCACUUUCACCAAGAACAAUCAGUUCCAGGCGCUGCUGCAGUACGCCGACCCCGUGAGCGCCCAGCACGCCAAGCUGUCGCUGGACGGCCAGAACAUCUACAACGCCUGCUGCACCCUGCGCAUCGACUUCUCCAAGCUCACCAGCCUCAACGUCAAGUACAACAACGACAAGAGCCGCGACUACACGCGCCCCGAUCUGCCCUCCGGCGACAGUCAGCCCUCGCUGGACCAGACCAUGGCUGCAGCCUUCGGCCUCUCUGUCCCUAACGUGCACGGGGCCCUGGCUCCUCUGGCCAUCCCGUCGGCGGCAGCGGCAGCGGCAGCGGCAGGCCGGAUCGCCAUCCCGGGCCUGGCAGGGGCAGGAAACGCUGUCCUGCUGGUCAGCAACCUCAACCCCGAGAGAGUCACACCCCAAAGCCUCUUUAUUCUUUUCGGCGUGUACGGCGACGUGCAGCGGGUGAAGAUCCUGUUCAACAAGAAGGAGAACGCCCUGGUGCAGAUGGCCGACGGGAGCCAGGCCCAGCUGGCCAUGAGCCACCUCAACGGGCACAAGCUGCACGGGAAGCCGGUGCGCAUCACACUCUCCAAGCACCAGAACGUGCAGCUGCCCCGUGAGGGCCAGGAGGACCAGGGCCUGACCAAGGACUACGGCAACUCGCCCCUGCACCGCUUCAAGAAGCCCGGCUCCAAGAACUUCCAGAACAUCUUCCCACCCUCGGCCACCCUGCACCUCUCCAAUAUCCCGCCCUCCAUCUCCGAGGACGACCUCAAGAUUCUCUUCUCCAGCAACGGCGGGAUCGUGAAAGGGUUCAAGUUCUUCCAGAAGGACCGCAAAAUGGCGCUGAUCCAGAUGGGCUCCGUGGAGGAGGCCAUCCAGGCGCUCAUCGACCUGCACAACCACGACCUGGGUGAGAACCACCACCUGCGGGUGUCCUUCUCCAAGUCCACCAUCUAGGCCGCCACCAAGGACCAGCCUGCCGGGCACCCGGCGACAACUUCCAUCAUUCCAGAAAAAAAGCCACUUUAAAAAGCAGCUGAAGUGACCUUAAAAAAAGACCAGAGAUUUUAUUUUUUUAAAGAGAAAUCAGUUUACCUGUUUUUAAAAGAAAUUAAAUCGAAUUCACUUGCUCACCUGGGGGAGGUGGGGUGCCAACCUCAGGCUCUUGGUGACCGUGGAGGCCCAGCCCGGCCCCUCGCCCGUGCCUUCUGCAAUCUGCGUGGCGGGUGCUCCCAAACCUCCACUUGGCUUUCUUGUGCCUUAAACCCGCUGCUCUGGCAGGGCCUUCUUGGGGUAGCAGACGUGUAGGGGUUUGGGGGCCUGGGGGGUCAGCCUCCCAUGGGAUCGUGUGCCUGCCGCGGUGGUAGACCAUGGGUGGCUGGGUGUGGCCGCCCCCCAAUCCUUGUAUCAUGUGUAUGAUUUGCCCCCCCCAGCCCCAGGGCCCCUCCCCGUCGCUUCUUCAGCUUUGUUUCCACCGUAAUCUCUGUAUUAUGCUUCGAUGCAGCUGCAGACACCUGUGCCUAGCAAUAUUUCCAGUUGACCAAAUAUUCUAAUCUUUUUCAUUUAUAUGCAAAAAAUAGUUUUAAGUAACUUUUUAUAUAGCAAGAUGAUAAAAAUGGUAUGAGUGUAACCUAAAUUUUCUCCUCGUGGUAUGACUUUGUAUACUGUACUUUUAUUUUAUUCCUUGUCAUUGAGUCGCAGGGCAGGAUCUAGUUUCCAGGGCAGACACAACGGGGCCGGCGCGUCUGCGACCUGCCGAUGCCUUACUCACAACUGUCCUCUGUCCCGGAGGACAAGUGCUCUUAAACUUUCAGGGUUUCUUUUUUCCUGCAAAUUUUGGACCAAAGUUUUGUUUCUGUUUUUUGUCUGCCUCUAAUGCUGGGACCCCAGGAGGUGGGACAGCAGCCCUACCUUCCGGUCUUCACCGCCUUGUCCUGCACUCACGGGUCCAAGGGGCUCCCCGCACAGGCCCUGUGCUGGCCGGCCCUCCUUAGGGCCUGGGCCUCAAGUUUCCAUGUCGGGGUGGAACAAGGGUGUAAAUAUUUAUAAUUUUUUAUACCUGUUGUAAGACGUGAGGGGCAGCAAUUGCGGUUUUUUUAUGGUGACACAGAUGUAUAUUUUGAUAACAGCAAUUACAGGCUCAGUAUUGUAAGGAGCAUGGCAGGCCACUGCCCGCUGCCGGCUUGUAAUGCGGAGAGAACUGAAUUAAAGCAAUUUUAUAACAACUCCUACCUUUUCUGUAGGCUCUUUUUUCCUGUCCACAUGUAGGAGGUGGUCUGGCCAGUCUGUACUGGACUCUGAAUAAAUUCUCUGUAUCCUG